AAUAGCUUGUGCUUCGGUUAAAAUAUUCAUAAGUGGAGGCCCUCAUCACCGUUGAGAGCCAAAGGAUCAGUCUGUCUGUGUGGCCUGUGGCCAGCAUGAAGGGAAAAAAAAGACUGCAUUGUUUUUGAUCGUCGUACAACAUUUCUUAGUUCAAUGUUGAUCAUUAUGGUACGACUUGGAGAGUCAAAUAUUUUUUCGAAGUAGUACUUUCUGUAAAAAUGUACCCUCCGAAAAACUACAUGUUUUUGGGAAUGUGGGCGCACAAGAGAACAAGCAAACACCACGAAGGAAGCACUGUUAUUGUAGAUAGUCGUGUCAAUUUAUUCCAUGCCACUCCAUUUCAACCUUCUGGUCGGGUGCUAAAUAAUGAAAGGCAAUCACAAGAUGGCGCUAGCUACAUCGCUGGUAAAUAAUCAUCCAAGAAGAAGAAAAACCAACGAAGAAGAAAAGACUCCAAAAAUAAAUAAAUUUCAAACUGUCAUCGUGCUUUAUCUCAGGAGGUCGCAUGAUGCUUGCAAGGAUAUCACGCUCUUGAAAAAUGGCUUCUGGGUUCAAAGUUUUAAAAGGACCUCACGGAUUAUCCACUCUUCAACAAGCCUUUAAAUGCAUCACAGUACAGUCUGUGACAGGUUGCCCUCUCCAGAGGUUUUACAGCGUGACAGCGAAUGAGAAUGGUGCCAAAGCAUCUGUGAACGCUGAGAACAUGUCUCUUCUGGAAAACUUGAAUCUCUUGGGGGUGGACGUGAAGAUGGCACGCCAGCGUCAACCCGGCGUUCUCCGUAGGAUCUUCACUAAUGAGCAAGGCCUGGCUUCGUUCCUGCAGGGCAAAGGUGCCAGCCGCCAGACCGUGGCCAGCAUCAUAUCGCGUUACCCUCGUGCCAUCACCCGCUCCCUGGAGCAUCUGGAGCAGCGCUGGCAGCUGUGGAGGAACAUCUUCCAGACCGACGAGGAGAUUGUGGCCAUCCUGGACCGCUCACCUGAGUCUUUCUUCCGCUCCAGCGACAACAACAACUUGAAGAAGAAUAUAGCGUACUUGUCUUCGCUGGGGCUCAGCAACAAGGACCUCCAUCGGCUGCUGGCCACUGCACCUCGCACCUUCUCAAACAGCCUGGAGCUCAACAGGCAGAUGGUGGAGUUCCUGGAAGACGUCUGUGUGGAGCUAGGCGGGACUGGUCCCAAGGAGUUUGCCAAAGCGAUCAUCUCCAGAAACCUCUAUGUUCUUAUCCGGAGCACAAAGAGAGUCAAGGCCAACAUUGAUAACCUGCGAGCUACUCUGAAACUGAGCGACGCAGAGUUUCUGACAGCGCUUCAAGGGCCGGUUGCAAAAAUCCUGGACCUCUCCAACGAGUACUUGAAAAAUAACUUGGCCAUCCUUCAGGGGAGGCUGAUUGCGCUGGGCUCUUGCGAAGAGGAUGUCAAAAAGCUGAUCAUCGGCUAUCCAAUGGCUCUGUACAUUGGGGCAGUGACGCUGAGCACAAAACUGGACUGUCUCCUUCAAGGAGGAAUCACCAUGAAGCAGAUAUUGGACAGGCCCAAGGUGUUGGACUACAGCACGAAGAAUGUCGCUGCCAGACUCGAGGAGCUUCGUGGGAUCAACUAUGACUUCAAAGCGAACGGGAUCGGCAUCCUGGACUUGAGUCGGAAGCGUUUUUCAGCCAAGAUCGAGAAAUUAGUCACUUCCACUGAUGAGUAAAUGUAGCUUCUUGUGUUCAUUCAAUGUUGUUGUUGAAAGUGGCUUCCAGUUCAUUUCACCAAAUUCUCUUUCUUUAUGUCAUUAUAUACAGUGGGUGACAGAUUCCACAGAUAAAAAAAAAAAAAUCAGGUGACUUCAUGAAUAGCGAACCGUAAAUAUGCCGGGCAUUGCUCUAUAUCAUUAAGAUAAGCACAUUCAUCAUCAAAUGAGACUAAGAAGACAUCAAGACUAUUUAUAAUAAAAACCAUGAAAUCCC